ACUGACAAGUACUUCCGGGUGUCCGCUCUGGGUUUUGGGACUUUUCGCAGUUUCACUUUUCGGCGUGGUCGUGAUUACGUCAAAAAAAAACAAAACAAAACAACAAAAAACAACAAGAAGAGUAAUGUAAAUGAAUGUCUGAGAAAAACAUCGGAGUUGUUUAAUAUAAAAAUGAAGCUACUUUCUGCGUUUGUGUGCAUACGAACGGUUCACGCCGAGAGCCGACUCUGUGCCAUGUCCAGAUGUUAAUCCACGACCACAUCAGUAAUCCGUCGGAUAAAUGAUGUUACUUGUCGCCUAAAGUCGGUCUGUUUGCUCGCAGUGCGCCAUGAAACACGUCAUUUUGCUUCUGACCUCUUUACUUUUGACAGUGUGCUCUAGAAGACCUGGCACAGAUGGAGAAUAUGAUCACUUGAGGUCCGUGCUGGCGGACUUUGAUGUUCUGAACGUGUCCAGUCUGCAGCAGCACUCGGUUCGUAAGCGAGAUUUGCAGAGUCACACACAUGCAGAGAGACUGCUCACCUUCACCGCCUUACACAGGCAUUUCAGGCUCUACCUGACCUCCAACACUGAGCUGUUCACUGAAGACUUCAGCGCUGUGGUGGUGGAGAAAGACGGCACACACCAGAAUUACGAGGUCCACAGACAGAACUUCUUCACGGGCCACGUCAUCGGGGAGGAGCACUCACGCGUACAGGCGCAUGUUGACGACGACGAGUUCACCGCUCACAUCCUGACAGACGAGGCUGAAUACAACAUAGAGCCUCUCUGGAGGCUCACUCGAGGCCAGCCGGAUGGCCGCUUGCUGGUGUAUCGCUCGGAGGACAUCCGGAACGUGAGCCGUCUCGCCGCUCCUAAAGUGUGUGGCUACGUCACAGCCGAGGCCAGUCAGCUCCUGCCCGAGAACGUGCGCGCGGCCGCGGCAGCAGAGGAAACGGGAGAAGAGGACGAGCACCUGAGACUGAGGAGGCAGGCAGUCGAUCACAGGAAGAACACAUGCCCUCUGUUGCUGGUGGCAGAUUAUCGUUUCUUUCGACACAUGGGCCGCAAGGAGGAGAGUACCACCAUCAACUUCCUGAUUGAGCUGAUCGACCGGGUUGAUGACAUCUAUAGAAACACAUCUUGGGACGAGGAGUUUAAGGGCUACGGUGUUCAAAUCCAGCAGAUUAUGAUCAACAAAUUCCCCACUAAAGUGGAACCAGGACAAACCCACUACAACAUGAAGGGGAGUCCAGUGAAGAACAAAGAUGUGUGGGAUGUGAAACGACUUCUGGAGCAAUUCAGCAUUGACAUAGCAGAGAAUGCCUCCAAAGUGUGUUUGGCUCACUUGUUCACCUAUCAGGACUUCGAUGAAGGCACGCUAGGCCUUGCCUACGUCGCUCCCACCAAAGAAGAGGCUCCUGGAGGAGUCUGUUCUAAAGAGUACCCUCAUUCGGGAAGUGACCACCGCACCAUAUACCUGAACACAGGCUUAACCAGCACUAAGAACUACGGGAAGACUAUUCUGACUAAGGAGGCCGAUUUGGUGACGACCCAUGAGCUCGGGCACAACUUCGGGGCCGUUCAUGACAGAGAUGACGUGCCAUACUGCGCCCCCAGCGAGGACCACGGGGGGAAAUAUGUCAUGUACCCCAUCGCUGUGAGCGGAGACCAUUCCAAUAACAGGCUGUUUUCCACCUGCAGUAAGAAGUCCAUCGUGAAAAGUCUGAGGCACAAGGGCCCGUCAUGUUUUAAGGAGAGGAACAGUAAGGUGUGUGGGAACUCGCGGGUGGAGGAGGGAGAGGAGUGUGACCCCGGCCUGGUCCACCUCCACACCGACCCCUGCUGUAAAUCCGACUGCAAGCUACAACCUCAAAAGCAGUGCAGUGAUAGAAACAGCGCCUGCUGCAAGAACUGUAUGUAUGAGAAGGUCGGGAAGCCGUGCCAGGAGCCCAUCAACGCCACCUGUAAGGGCAUGUCCUACUGCACAGGUAAGAGCAGUGAAUGUCCUCCUCCAGAGAACCUGCCGGAUGACACCACUUGUGUGGACAGCGGACAGUGUCUGAACGGAGAGUGCAUCCCCUUCUGUGAGGCUGUCCUCAACCUGCUUUCCUGCGCCUGCAACGAGACGGAUCGCUCGUGUAUGGUUUGCUGCCGCAGUAAGGGGGGUGCGUGCGCUCCGUACCAGGAUGACCGAGGAAGCUUCCUGUACCUGAGAAAGGGCAAACCCUGCACUGUGGGCUUCUGUGAUGGAAAGGGUAAAUGCAUGAAGCAGGUGCAGGAUGUGAUUGAGAGGUUGUGGGAUUUCAUUGACAAGCUGAACAUAAACACGUUUGGUGAGUCUCGUGUAGCACGUGUCGGAGGUUAUCCAGAUGUUACGCACUGUAUGAAGAGUUUUGUACGGUGUUUAUUUCUUGGUUUUUUGUUUUUUCCCUCAGGGAAAUUCCUGGCUGAUAACAUUGUGGGCUCUGUGGUGGUCUUUUCCCUGCUCUUCUGGAUCCCUCUCAGCAUUCUCGUCCACUGUGUGGACAAGAAGCUCGACCAGCAGUAUGAACUGAACACAAAAUCACUCUUUUACACCAGCAACGCGGAGUUGCUGAGCAGUCUCGAUUCAGCCUCGGUGCGCAUCUUUAAGCCUCACUCUUCCCCGGCCGUCUCUGCCGUCCCACGCUUCCAGAGCAGCACCCCUCCCGUCCCUGCCACUGCAGGCAGCUUAACGGCUCCAGCCUCGGGCGUGUUGGCGAGCACGGAGCCUCCGCGCAUGGACACCAUCCAGGAGGACCCCAGUUACGACUCGCGCCUGGAUGAGCAGGUCCUGGAGGAGGACUUCACCACUCGCACCGAUGCAGCUCGAUCCUUCGCGGACCUGACUGAGGUCGCAGAGAAUGAUCUGGAGAGAUCGUUCAAGAUGAAGACACCCAGGCACAGCAUCAGGAAGGAGACAGAGUGCUGAGUGUGUGUGUGUGUGUGUGUGUGUGUGUGUGUGUGUGUGUGUGUGUGUGCAAGCAAACUGACCUUUAUAACAGAAAGUAAAGGAGUGAGAGUGACUGCAUGAACUCCAGAGGAGAAGCAGAAUAAGCAAAGCUUGCAUAAGUGAAGUGUGGGCUGGAGCUUAUGUAACUCUGUUUUCAGAAAUACAGUACGGUUUAGGAGCACUUCAACUCCCUGUAGUGUGAACAAAGAGUGUUGCUUAUGUUUACGUAACGCUCAAUUUAGCACCGGAACCGCAGUGACCACGGGGUGCGCGUACGUUCAGCUGAAGUCUUAACGUACCGACUUUGCGUUAUGAAUCUCAAAAGGUACACUUCAAGUCACUCGCUUCCGUGCUCCGGGCGUCUGCAGUAGCGGAAAACAUCUCGUACCACGUUCAGAGUAACUGAGAUCACGUGUGACCCAUUCUGGCGUCGGAUGUGAACAAUAACUAAAGCUCUUAACCCGCAUUCACGUGAUUUUACGCACUGCAUCGCCGCCACGUGAUUGGCUGAUUGGGAUAACUGCAUGAAUGUGCAGGGGUACCGGUGUUCCUAUUAAAGUGCGUGGUGAGAGUACAAAUAUUUGAAAAGGGAUUUCUAAUACAAUGACGAGUACAAGAUGAUCGCGUUACAUCGUUAGGGCACCUUUCCGUAUUUAAAGGUGGCGUAUUCGUUAACUUUUAACACACCGACGCAAACCGAAACGGCGUUUUCCUUUCGUUUGAACACAGAGGGCUCCCGCUAACCACACUGGACCGUAAGCAUGUAUCUAUACACACCUGACCAGAUUUACUAUUAAGGACUUGAACAGCUUUAUUAUUUAAAAAGGGAGUGAGGAAAAUAAUCAUUUGUUUACAUGCCUGUUUAGCUGUGCGCUUCCAGACAGGUGUCCUAUGUUUAGUAAGGUGUGCACUGUAAACUAUAUCUGUCCGUCAAGGCUUUCGCUCAUCCAGGUCACAAGAUUCUAUCACAGGUCUCGUCGUCUUCAACUACUGCUACUAUACCGUAUAUUAUUAUUAUUUUUUUUUAUAAACCUUUGUUUGCUACUAUAAUACUGUGCAUCUUUAUGUGUAUACUGUUACAUUUCAGCUUUACGGCACUCGGUGGUAUCCUGGCAACGAGCGUACAGUGUCCUUGUGGGAUUACGGACCGCGUCAGGCUCAGCUCGUCGGCGACGAACGGGAAACACUCAGCUAUGUAGUUAUGUUCGAUUUUACGAGUGAGCAUUAAUAAAGACGCAGGUGUGAUGCGUCAUAGUGUCGGUAAUCUCACAGGUAUUCCAUGAUCUGUUUUCACGCGUUUAUGUUUACGUGGUUGACGUGUCGUCGUUGCCCGUGUGUCGAGUGCGAAAACGUCAUUAAAUCAACAACAAAAACAUAAAACUUUGCAAUGCCGGGAACUGUGCGGUGCUGCAACGUAGGGGUCGGAAUCUCUACAUUCCCAGUUCAGGGAUUCAGGCUGGGAGGAAGUGAUUAUAAACAGAUUCCUGAUGCAGCCUGAAUUUUUUUUUUUAAUUUAAUUUAAUUUAAUUUAAUUUUUUUAAUAAACCCUACACUAUGACCACAGGUUUUAAAACUUAAUCUCAAUUUUAUCCAUCAUCAGGAAACAAACACGCUUAAUAUACGUCUGUAUUUCAUUGUUCAUGGGGUAUAAUUUUGGUACCGUUGACAUAUUUUACGUAAAAACACGUCUGCAUAAGCUUCUGUAAAAAAAAAAAAAAAAAAGAAGGUAUUUUUCAUUUUUUUUUUAAAUUUUAUAAAAGAAUUACAUUUUGUGCACGCUUGCAAAAACCUCAGAGUGAACUGAAAUGUUUCCAACAAAUAUAUUUGUCCUAAAAAAAAAUAAAAAUAAAUAAAUAAAAAAAUGGAAGGGAAAUAUUUUUAUUCUCAUAUAAAACACCUUUUAGUUUUCUUUUUGUUUAAAAGUAUUUUGUGCACGUCGUGUUAUGCAAACUCCUAGAGUAGAAAUAUCUGAUGUGUUCAUGUAAAUAGCAGAUCCGAAUAUUUAGCAAAUAUUAAUUGAAUGUUUUUGUGUUAAAAUAAACUGCUGUUUUUCAUUCUA